GACGGGAGGCUCGCUCCUGCGGGCGCGCUUGUUUUUCUGCGGCCGCCUCGCCCUGCGCAGCCCCCGCCCGCCUGAACGCCGCGCUCCGCUCAGCCCCGCCCGCCAUCCGAGCCCUGAGCUGGAUUUAUGAAUGGGGGGAAGAGGCCACAUGCCGCCGCCGCCGCCUCGUGUUGACCGCAAGCAGCCCGGGCCCGCGGAGCUCCGCCGGCUGCCGUAAGAGCGUCGGCCCGGCCCCGGCAGCCGCUCCGAGGACUUGUUGCUGCUGCGCUGCCGCCGCCGCGGGGAAGCCGGCCGCUCCCGGGACUCGGGAGCCGGAGGGUGGCCCCUGUGAGUGUGAGUGUGAGCGCGCGCGCGCCCCAGACCUUCGCAGUGAGCCUGGACUGUGCGCUAACUCGCCUUUUGAGGGUGAAAGGGGGGGGCGUGUCCGGGGGCCCGAGCAUCUGAGUGUCCAGUCCUAGCCGGGGAGCGUGAGGGCUUGUUCCUGCCUCCCCGGGCCCCUCGCUUGGGUCCUCGGCUCGCCUUUUCCCUCCUGCCUCCCUCGCCGGAGCUGCCUGCCCAAACCCCAACCACCUGUGCACCGGAGAAACCCAACUCCUCCUGCUCCGCGCCCCGGGGGGAGGCAGGGGCAGGGCCAAGCCGCAGAGGGGGCCGCCGCCGCCUCCUGCCUCCUCCUCGUCUCCUCCCCCUCCCCCGUCUGACGCUGCCUCCUUGGGAAGGGUGUUUGGAGGGCAGCGGCCGCCCCAAGCCGAAGCCCCGCAGCGCUUCUUAUGAUCAGCUCGGUGUGUGUCUCCUCCUACCGUGGGCGCAAGUCGGGGAACAAGCCUCCGUCCAAAACAUGUCUGAAGGAGGAGAUGGCCAAGGGCGAGGCGUCGGAGAAGAUCAUCAUCAACGUGGGCGGCACGCGACAUGAGACCUACCGCAGCACCCUGCGCACCCUACCGGGCACCCGCCUCGCCUGGCUGGCGGAUCCCGACGGCGGGGGCCGGCCCGAGUCCGAUGGCGGCGGUGCAGGCAGCAGCGGCAGCAGCGGCGGCGGGAGCUGCGAGUUCUUCUUCGACCGGCACCCGGGCGUCUUUGCUUACGUGCUCAACUACUACCGCACCGGCAAGCUGCACUGCCCCGCCGACGUGUGUGGGCCGCUCUUCGAGGAGGAGCUCACUUUCUGGGGCAUCGACGAGACCGACGUGGAGCCCUGCUGCUGGAUGACCUACCGGCAGCACCGCGAUGCCGAAGAGGCGCUCGAUAUCUUCGAGAGCCCGGACGGAGGCGGCGGUGGCGCAGGGACCGGCGACGAGGCCGGCGAUGAUGAGCGGGAGCUGGCCCUGCAGCGCCUGGGGCCCCAUGAGGGAGGUGCAGGCUCCGGCGCGGGGUCGGGGGGCUGCCGUGGCUGGCAGCCCCGCAUGUGGGCGCUCUUCGAAGAUCCCUACUCCUCCCGGGCGGCCAGGGUGGUGGCCUUCGCCUCUCUCUUCUUCAUCCUGGUCUCCAUCACCACCUUCUGUCUGGAGACCCACGAGGCCUUCAACAUUGACCGCAACGUGACAGAGAUCCACCGAGUGGGGAACACGACCAGCGUGCACUUCCGGCGGGAGGUGGAGACAGAGCCCAUCCUGACCUACAUCGAGGGCGUGUGUGUGCUGUGGUUUACACUGGAGUUCCUGGUGCGCAUCGUGUGCUGCCCUGACACGCUAGACUUCGUCAAGAACCUGCUCAACAUCAUCGACUUCGUGGCCAUCCUGCCCUUCUACCUGGAGGUGGGGCUGAGCGGCCUGUCCUCCAAGGCAGCCCGAGACGUGCUGGGCUUCCUGCGCGUCGUGCGCUUCGUGCGCAUCCUGCGCAUCUUCAAGCUCACACGCCACUUCGUGGGGCUGCGCGUGCUGGGCCACACCCUGCGUGCCAGCACCAAUGAGUUCCUCCUGCUCAUCAUCUUCCUGGCCCUGGGCGUGCUUAUCUUCGCCACCAUGAUCUACUAUGCCGAGCGCAUUGGCGCCAGGCCCUCCGACCCACGGGGCAACGACCACACCGACUUCAAGAACAUCCCCAUUGGCUUCUGGUGGGCGGUGGUCACCAUGACGACGCUGGGCUAUGGGGACAUGUACCCCAAGACGUGGUCGGGCAUGCUGGUGGGGGCGCUGUGUGCACUGGCUGGCGUGCUCACCAUCGCCAUGCCCGUGCCGGUCAUCGUCAACAACUUCGGCAUGUACUACUCCCUGGCCAUGGCCAAGCAGAAGCUGCCUAAAAAAAGAAAGAAGCACGUGCCCCGGCCACCCCAGCUUGAGUCACCCAUUUACUGCAAGUCUGAGGAGACCUCGCCCCGGGACAGCACCUACAGUGAUACCAGCCCCCCUGCCCCAGAAGAGGGUAUGGUUGAGAGGAAACGGGCAGACUCCAAGCAGAACGGCGAUGCCAAUGCGGUGCUGUCCGAUGAGGAGGGAGCUGGCCUCACCCAGCCCCUGGCCUCUGCCCCCACCCCUGAGGAGCGCCGGGCCCUGCGACGCUCUGGCCCCCGAGACAAAAACAAGAAGGCAGCCGCCUGCUUCCUGCUCAGCGCCGGGGACUAUGCCUGUGCCGAUGGUAGUGUCCGGAAAGGCUGCGCAAAGUCCCGGAGUCUAAACAACAUAGCUGGAGCAGCUGGAACCAGUCUGGGGCUGUCUCCACUGGCAUCAAGAUACAGCUCACCCUACCCUCCAAGAAAGUCCCGCUCUCCCACCCCUUCCACCCUCUCACCAGCCCUCCACCUGGACACCCGGCCCCUUAGCGGCACCCUCGGCUCUCCCCACCCCCGGGCACACACGCUCACAUGCCCUCCAGCCCUCAUACCUCCUGGGGCCUGAGGGAGCCGGGCGGGAUGCAGGAGAAUCCAGGCCCCUGAGCCUCUCCUCCACAGCACCCAGCUCCCCAGAAUGUUCAGCUCUGGAGCCUGAGGACAAGGGGGAGAUUACGCCCAGGGCUUACACCUCCCCGGUCCCCAUCCUGAGCCAGACGUGCCAGCCCCCCACCCAGGACCUGUGCCUCUGGGCCUUGCCUGCCCUCAGGGCCCCAUCGUAAUCACAGCAAAUGCAUUUUCAUUCCUCGUGGCCUUCAGUCAGCAACCAGCCUGCCACUGAAUAUCUCUGUCUGUCUGUCUGUCCAUCCACACCCAGACCAGCCAAGAAUAAGGCUGUCUCGUGGGGCGUCUCUGCUGGUGUGCAGGGAGCUAGGCCCGCGAGGGGAGCCGUUCCGCCCUGGGAGAGGAGGCCUGAUGUUCCCCAGCCCUGGUCCUGCACGCAGGUGGGGGUCCCUAGGGCCCCACAAUUGGCUGCCUAGGCGUGGGAAUGCCCUCCUCUCCGGAGUGACACCCGGCGGCAGAGCCCCGCACCCCAUCUGCGCCCCAGCAGUGGUGCCUCUCCCGCGCUGCUUUCUCUGCUUCCACGACAGUUUCUCCUCCCUCCUUCUCCGCUCCCCCAAACUCCCAGCCCUGCCUCUGAGUCACCUGCCGCUCCCACCCAGCCUCUGCGCUCUGUAUUGCUGCCAGAACCGGAGACUCAUCUAAUUUCUAUAAUUAAGUGUAUUCAUUUACCUAACGAGCCCAGGAGCACAACAGGUUUGUGAGUCAUUGAGUGAGCAGGGGUGCCCCCUGGGCAGGGGCAGCUGAGGGGAAGCGUGGGGACAGAAGCCAUCCUGCCCCUCGCACGUGGCCACUCCCGGGCCAGGCAGGGCCGGCUGCAGGCGGCCCCUCCCCAGCAGCUUGCCAGGGAGGCUCUCUGGGCCCCCUCAGCUUCAGGAACGCAGAAGGCCUCGGCCAAGCCAUUUCCUGUUUCACCUGAUGAGAAUUAGACCUGACAGUGGAGCCGUGCGCCUGGCAAUUUUUAGAGUCAGAUUAUGCAACUUUGUAGAGGGAAUGACUAAGGUCCGUAUCUGCUCCUUCCAGGGUGGGCAAAGAUAGGAAUGGAAGGACAGAAUUCAGGGACUCGGCAGGAGGCUGGGGGAUUGGGAGGCCACCCCGGAAGGUGCACUGGGCAGAAAGGUCAGACCAUUUCAUGAGGUUGGCUGUUGUGAAAAACCUGUGCCUGGAGCACCCCCAUUUCCGUGCCGUCUGUCUUCAGCCUCGGGCAGACACACGAAUGUCCCUUCCGGAAAAGUGUGUUCACGAUGGGUACUGGCAUACCCCAGCCCUGCUGUGGCCUGUGGGGCCUGUCUCCUGCUUGUUCUCAGAAUGAAAUGUCCCGCUAAGAGAUGAGAAAAUACAGCGGCAUCCAUGUGGCCUGGACAGGCCCCUUUCAGUGACCGGGGCUGGGAAGCCCCGUGGAGCAGGA